ACUGGGGCGGCUGGAGGCAGGGGCUGUAAAUUAUCCGAGUUGGAUACCCUGGUCUUAGAAGUGAUUGGGAAGGAGUCACCAACCUGCGAUGGUAUUCGGCCCCAAGAGAAUGAUGGUGAGGAUAUGUCAUUGCAAGAUUUGAUUGGCAUCACAUUAAAUGAAAGCAAUGACAGUAACUCACCGUUGGUAAUUACGGAAGUGACAGCUACCAAGAAGGAAGAAAAGCCAGUGCCUAUACCUGAGAGCUCCCGAAAAAGAAAGCGAUGUAUGGAAGAUGGUUCUUCCGCCCACGGGGAAGCAGAAAUUAAAAAAUUGAAGAUGGAUGAAAAGGUGGAGUGCCAGAUCGAAAACUUGAAGCUGCAGAAUAAAAAUUUUUACUUGAAAAAUAAAGCUCUUCAGAUUAAAAUUAUGGAGCAAAAAUGUAUGCGCCAUUUCUGGCAACUGGAGCAUCAUUUGUCUCACUAG